AUGGAAUACAAUUUUGAAUGGCAGAGACCUGAAUUCGACUGGACUGAACCAGCACAAAGCGUAUUCCGGAGAAUCCCCAACGGUCUCCUCAGUAUCGGAAGUCUAGGAAGCGAGAAGGAAAUCUUAGGUCUAAUCAGUGUAUAUCAACAUCUUCUAUGUGACGAUGAUUAUGAGCUGUCUAUUUAUCUGUAUUGUGCGCUCGGGAUUCGAUUCAAAUGGGUGGCAUGUCUCGAGCGAGCGCAAUUGAUUGCCGCGGACUGGCUGAUGAUCACCGAGGUCGAGCAUCCUGAUUAUCAUCACCGACUGGAACUUUCUCAGCUGACAUCCUUCGUUGCGAAUGACCGCCGGCAAGCUCAAGCUGAGGAGCCCUUUCUGGAUGAGCGCUUCGAUGAAGCAGAUCGUCUCCAAGAGGAAGCUAAAGCGCUGGUGGAACUAUUCCAUCGAAAUCACGAUGUCCCGGUUCUUCGAGAUGCAGUCGAUAUGCUGAUAGAUGCCUGUGAAUAUGGCAACCGUCGUCAUCCAUUGCUAAGACUAAUACUCCAAGACCUUGACCGCGCAAGCAGCGAAUACUUCGAAUAUACCGGAGAGCAUCCAGGCCUCGACACUAUCAUCAACGUGCUCAGGGCUUCGGGACAGCAGUUCCCGAAGGACAACCUCGAUCGAGCGUGGUACCUGAACACCCUUGGUAUGGCUCAUGCUGAUCGAUAUAGAAUCCUGAAUAGACCUGAAGACAUUGACGAAGCAAUUCGAUUAACACAGUUGGCUGUGGAUCACCGGCCACUGCACGUUCAGCAUAAAAAGAUGGUUAUCAACUUGGUCACGCAGCGGCAUCUUCGAUACAAAAGUCUUGGUCGGCCAGAGGAUCUGGAAUACGCAGUUACAAUAGUCAGAGCUGCGGUCUUGGAUUGUUUACAAGAUGACUCCGCAAGGAAACAGCUUCUCACCGCCGCAUCGAUCGUUCUUCUCGAAGAUUUUAGACGCACGUCGAAACAGGAACAAUUGUUAGAUGCCAUUACCUGCUCAGAGGAAGCAAUCGAUGCCACCGAGAACGAGGAUCCAGAGCUCUCCUAUCUGGAACAUGACUUCUCCUUCCUCCUCCUGGAAAAAUACCACGCCUACAACGAUCCAGACGAUCUCGACCGUGCAAUCGACAUGAUGAAUGAUUCUAUUCUCCGAGCAAGAAACGAUGACCCGUUCAAACCUAUUGCAAAAUAUGGACUGGCCUCCUUGCUCCAUAUUCGAUCGGAGCGAAAUGGAAACGAUGCGGACCUCACAUUAGCGACUCGGCUAGGCGAAGAGGCCCUGUAUUUACUGGAAGAUGACAACUACCGACGAUCACACUGUCUAGGGAUGCUUGCCAGCUGCCAUGGAACAAUUUGGCGACGCAGAGGCGACCCGUUUCUCCUCGGACUAGCUAUCGAACUUGCUACCGAGUGUGUAGAGACUAUAAAAACGAAAGAUUGGACGAGGGCAUCCGCAUUAAAUACGCUCGGGUGGUGGCUGGGCCAGCGUUUUGAGUCACUCGGCGCAAUGGACGAUCUGGACAAAGCAAUCGAGGUUUCUGAAAAAGCUGUUAGUCUGGGGAAGGUCUCCAGUGGCCAUUCCAACAAUACCGCCCUGUUCUUCAACCUCGGAAAUCUGCUCGUAAAACGCUGGCGGCGGACAAAGGAGGAGAUCGAUCUCGAUCGAGCGAUUGACUUGGCCGAAGAAGGGCUGAAAGAAAUCCCCGCAACACAUUCAGAACGACCGUCAUGUCUCGCAAGACAAUGCGACUGGCUUUUCCUACGAGCAGACUACCGCCAGAGUAAAGUAGACAAGGACAAUGCCGCGAAAAUAGCCGCUGAAGCACUGCUUACGACGCCAAAAGAUGCUCCGGAAAAGGCCUAUCUCCUCAGUGUGCUCACUCGACAGGCCACUUCGGGCGCAUCACCCGAGGCCAUCAACGACGCCAUCUGGCUCGGGGAGGAAGCACUGGAAGACACACCGACGGGGCAUCCGGAACGAGCGAUUCGACUUCAGAAUCUCGGCAUAUUCCACGAAAUCCACCACCGUCGCGAAUUCAACGCAGACCAUCUCGAAAAAGCCCUAUCAUAUUACACCCAGAGCUGGCAGUGCAAGAACGGACACGUCGUCAUCCGCCUCCAAUCCUCCGUGAAGCGGGCCAAAAUGCUCGCCGAUCUUGGACGAUGGCACGAAGCAGACGACGUCCUAGACGAAGCAGUGAAAACCAUUCCCAACACCAGUUCCCGCGCACUAAGCAACACCGAUAAGCAACACAUCCUCGCCGAAUUGUCCGGAUUAGCCUGCAUCGCCGCGGCAGUUCCCUUGGCGGCUGGUCUAUCUGCGUAUAAGGCGUUAAGCCAACUCGAACUCGCGCGGGGCGUAAUAGCAAGCCACCUCAUGGACAUGCGGACGAACCUCUCACUCGUGAAAGCCCAAAGUCCCGCUCUAGCCGCGAAGUUCGAACGCCUGAAGGCCGAGUUAGAUAUCGCGCUGCCGUCCGUGUCUGGUUUCGCCGGCUCUGAAUCUAUGUACAAUUCCCGCGUGAGCAAGCGAGCAAAAGCCGAGGAAGAGUUCAAGCAUGUUGUCUCCGAGAUCCAGGGAUUGGAAGGACUAUCGAAUUUCCUGGCACCCCCGAGUGAAGGUGAACUCCAGCAAGCCGCCGGUAAGGGUCCUAUCGUUGUGAUCAAUAUUUCGACCUACAGAUGCGAUGCCUUUUUGAUCGUCCAGAAAAAACCGGUUCAGGUCGUUCCGCUCGAAAUCACCGAAUCGGACGUCUUGCGGAUGUCAAAAAAGCUCGGAACGAUACAACGAUCAAUGACGGAGGUUUUGGAAUGGCUCUGGGAGAAAAUUGCCAACCCGAUCCUGACAGAACUGGGUUUCACGGCGCCUCCCGUGAACGACGACUGGCCGUGUAUAUGGUGGAUUCCCACGGGGCCACUGGCAAACUUCCCCCUCCACGCGGCGGGUAUUCAUACAGUCGGAUCUAGGGACACGGUGCUAGACCGGGCAAUCUCGUCGUACACUUCUUCUAUCAAAUCUCUCCGGCACGGGCGCGAGAAUCAGGCGAUGAGUUCCCGAACCAGUAAUGCCGAGACAUCGCCGUCCUCGGAGUCGGAAGCAAAGAAUCCCAAGUUAAGCGCAAUUCUAGUCGCUAUGGAAAAAACUCCAAAAGGUCCAGGCCUCCGGCUCAGAUCCCUCCGCUUCGCCAGGCAAGAAGUCAAGAUACUCCGCGACCUCUGCCCGUCAAUGGAUCUUCACCCCCUCGAGCCGGAACGACGGCGCGAGAGCGUCCUAUCGUCCAUAAAAACAUGCCGGGUCUUCCACUUUGCCGGACACGGGGUAUCAGACCCGACAGAGCCGGCGCAGGGAAGCUUGCUGUUGGAGGAUUGGGUGCAAAGCCGCUUAACCGUGGCGCAUUUUCGGGAUUUCCAUCUCGACUCCGGGGGGAGUCCUCCUUUCCUGGCGUAUCUCUCUGCGUGCAGUACCGGGUCUACAGCGGGGAAACUCGUUGAUGAGAGUAUUAAUCUUGUGAGCGCGUGUCACUUGGCUGGGUUCUCGCAUGUUAUCGGGACACUGUGGAAGGUCUCGGAUAAGUUGUGCGUUGAGGUUGCGAGGAGGGUGUAUGAAAGGUGUCGGGACGAGGGUCUUGUGGAUGAAGCUGUGAGCCGAGGCCUUCAUUUUGCUUUGAGGGAGCUUCGUGAUAUAGCUGUUAGAGACCAAUAUCACGGUCGAAGGGAUAAGGAGAGUGGCAGCGAGAGUGGCAGUGAAAUAUCCGGCAGUCUUGAUAUAGAUGGGCGGGAUAUCGGUGGCCUGCAGAAUUCGUCGAACCAUUUCUUUUGGGUUCCUUACGUCCAUUUUGGAGGUUGA